UUGCUACUCCUAUUCACCCCGAAGUUUCUUCAUUUACUAACCGCUGUGAAUUGUAAAGAACUCCCCCAUUUACCUACAGGCACAAGUCCGAAAGUCAUCAAGGCGUUUCCCGCCAACGUUUUUCAAAAGUCUACUCCUGGUAGGCCAAUCUUCAUAACAAGUGGAACUCCCGCCCGUCCUCUAACACCAGUUGUUGAACAAACUGGCAGUACCCGUUUCCAGGGUGUUGUUAGUGGACCACGGCAGCAGCAGGUUGUGAUUGUCGGAUCCACAGCUCAGAUCUCUCCCCAGGUUACACAAGGGACAGCAGGUCAGGAGGGCUGCAACCAAACCGUCCCUCGACUUCCCCAGUUCGAUGGGGCGGCCGAUGAGGAGGACCAGCAGGAGGAGAAAAAGGCAGAGGAAGCCUCUGACGGAGGCCAUCAUGAUGUGACAGACGCCCAAGCCAACGGUUCUUCAAGUGACGCGUUCGCUCCUGAGGAGGCUGCGGUAGGCGCUCUGGUAGAAGGUAUGGCCGCUGAGGCGGCCGCCCAGCUUCUGAUGGAGGCCGUUGAGGACUCAGCCAUAUCUCAGCCAAAUGCGAAUGACCCAGAAGCUUCUGCUGUAGAGGAGAGUACCAGUCAUCCUUUGGUGGCCGCCUCUGCCGACGAUCAACCAGAAGACAGCAGUUGCGGAGCUGCAAAGCCGAUAAAUGAUCCCCUUGAGACCUUGGCAUCUGUUGCUGCUAGACGUGGGGAAGACUUCGAAGAUGAAAUACAAGAGGCUGCGACUUCGGCUGCCGAAAGGAAACAACCAGUAACCUCGACGUCCGUCCCACCACAACAGCCACAGGUACAUCCUCGAACCAUUGGAGUCACCGUUGGUAACCUUACAAUGCAGCCUUCGCCCCAAACACAGUUAAACAAUGCUACUAACAAUCCCAUUUUGGUGCCAAGCUUGAACGCAGUUGGGCAAGGAUCACAAUUGAUUCAACCCUCCACCGCGCCGCAACCCACAACAAAUGUUGUGCUAGCCAACCGGUCGGACAGUGCUUGGCACGAUGUUGGUAUCAUAAAGGCGACCAAUUUCACCGUGACGGCAUACAGCGCCUAUACGAAUGAUGUAGGCGUUAGUGUGGAGGCUAUUGAGGCUCUUCAAGGUCCUAACGGAAUCGGUCCGACAGGUAUUGCCACCCAAGGCCCGAAAAUACCUCUUUCACCUGGCACGGCUUACAAGUUCCGUGUAGCUGGCCUUAACGCCUGCGGUCGCGGCCCAUGGUCUGAAAUCAGUGCAUUUAAAACCUGUCUCCCCGGAUUUCCUGGGGCUCCGAGUGCCAUAAAGAUAACAAAAUCGGAGAAUGGUGCACAACUAACAUGGGAACCUCCACAAAACACAUCUGGUCGUAUAAUUGAAUACUCAGUAUACUUGGCAGUCAAAGCCCAGCCUGGGAUCAGUUCCGCAGUGCUUGCGAAAGCCCAUCUGGACGUCAGUUCCAAACCUGCUGUAAUAUUUCGCAUUGCAGCUUGCAACGAAAAAGGUUAUGGACCAGCAACACAAGUCCGUUGGUUACAAGAGGCUCAUUCUGUAGCAGGGGGGAAUGCCGUGUCUCCCUCGGCAUCUAUAAAGAAGACAUCGCCUGGUGGGGCUAUGCCGCCCUCAGAGCCAGUCGAGGGAUCUUUUUCUUCUCCUGUAAAGCGCUACAAAGCAGAUGAACACCCCUAA